UAGGGAACAUUUUUAAGCAUCUUAAAAUUUCUCAACAUCUUAUAUUGACAUCCUAGAUUGUCGCAGAAUAUCAUUUUAUCUGUGUGUCAACAAAAAAAAUAAGAAAACGAAGUUUCUAAAGCAAUAAAUUUAUUUUGAAACAUUGGUAGACAAACUGUCACAAACAGAAUGACUAACGAAAAGAAUGAAUACAAGCAAUAAUGCUUCAACGGAAGCUUAAAUACUCUUUAAGCGGAUAAUGUCAUGAUUCACGCAAGAACGACCAACAACAAAUUAAAAGAAACUGUGCCGAUCAACACAGACCAUGACGUUACCGACGUAAGUUGAAUGCAUGAGGUUGCGGCGGUGCCCUGCUCCUAUAAUUUCACCUUUACUUGGUGAUGCAAAAAGCACUUUCACUUCAACUUGCAGUGACUCAUGUGAAACCGGUUUUUCUGCGAGCAACCGGCAGUUUACCUCGUGGCCUGGUCGGUAAGGCAUGGCUCUACAAUAAUCUUAAUUUUAUUUAACUUUCUGUAUUUUUAUUUGUAAUUCUUAAUUAUGUUUAAAUUAAAUUUAUUCUUUAAAUUUUAAUUGUUAAUUUGUUUUAAUGUUUAUAAAAACUUAAUUUACCAAAUUGGUGACCCUUUUUCGAACACGCGUUCAACAUCAACUUAGGAUAUGGAGUUCCAACAAUUUCAGUAAGUCUAUUUUUAAAUUGGUUUCCACUGGGAGUAUCAUGCGGUAAUUUUUAUUUUCUUGUGUGGCUUUUUUUUAUUUCUCGUUAUCGUCUAAUUUUAAUAGUUAUUUUUACUUCUAGUCAAACAUGGCAGAUUUUGUUAUAUCAAUGUUUGCGUGCAUUAAUAUUUACAUUAUUUUUGAUAUUAAUCCUUAAUCAUACUUGUUAACUAAAUUCGCGACUUAUUUCAGAAUUUUCUUUUAUUUGCUUUUAAACAUUUCACAAUGCCUAACGAAACUCUAGACGAAAAUCAAAUUGCUCACGUCGCAGUCAAACCACCUCCAUUUUGGAAAUCAAAUCCCUCCUUGUGGUUUGUCCGGCUAAAAGAAUUCACUUUAGCUAAAAUUUCCGCUGAUGAUACAAAAUUUAACUACGUGCUUGCAGCUGUCGACUCUGAUGUUUUAAGUUCCAUUAGCGAUAUUGUUUUGAAACCUCCUACCACUGAGAAAUACAAAGCUAUCAAGAAACGAUUAAUAGAGCUGCAUUCCGAGAGUGAGGAAUCAAAAAUCCGGACUCUUCUUCAAGGGCUGGAAUUAGGUGACCAGCAACCUUCCCAAUUAUUAACACGAAUGCGAGCACUCGCAGGUGAUAAUGUGGGCACUCCUCUCUUAAAAUCUUUGUGGCUUGGUAGACUCCCUAACAACGUAGAAACUAUUUUAGCAGCUCUCAAUGAUGAAUUAGACCAGCUAGCUUCAGCUGCUGACAAAACUAAUGAUCUCUCCUCGCAUCAACACGUAAACACUGUCGCCGCUGACAAAACGUCUGCACUCGAAUUGUAG